AUGUAAAAUAAUCAACAUAUGCAACUUCAAUAAGAAAUGAAUCCUAUUCCUAAUCAAGAAUCACUUUCUUAAGGAGUUUAUUCACCAAUACAGAAUUAAUCGAUUUAAGUAGGGUAACCUAUUUCAUAAGUGAUUCCACCUUAAUAAAUUAUUCAACAAGUUCCUUAUCAACAAAAUCCUUAUUCUUAAGGAGAAUAACCAAUUUAUAAUGUUUAACAAAUUUAAAUAAGUAAGUUAGAUUGUUAUAAUAGUUUAACCAAUAUAUUCUAAAUAUCCUAGUAUAGUAACUUGUAUCUAUUGUUAACAAUAAAUCUAAACUGUAGUAAACUAUGAAACAGGUACAGGAACUUACAUAGUAGGAGGAUUAUUGGCAGCUGUAGGACUUUGGUUAGGGUAUAUAAAUUAAAAUUAAAUUUAAAGUUGCUGUUUAAUACCAAGUUUUAUUUAAGAUUGCAAAGAUGCAGUUCAUUUUUGUCCUUAAUGUUAAGCUAAUGUUGGAAAGAAGAGAUUUAUUUUUGAUUGA